CUCCAAGACGGAAGUGUUUGAGCCAGAAUACAGGAUGCCCGCAUUUUCGAAAAGCGAGGAUUUUGAGGAAAACGGCUUCAGAAUGUCGGCCAUCUCCAAAAACGAUGACGACGACGAGAUCUCCGUGUCGGGCAUGAAGAUCAACGGGUUCUCCGACGAGUACCUCGACAGGAUAGAGCCCAACGGCAACAUCCCCGACAAGGACUGCGGCUGGGAGCGACUCGUGGACCACCGGGAGUCGCUGUCCAGACAACUCUCGGUCUCCUCGGACUCGAAGUUGCUGGACGAGGACCUCCGGAGCGAGCAGAAGGUCAUCAUGCGGCCGAAGAAACCGCCGCGGCCCAAGUCCGAAGUGUACCUCUGCAAGGACACCCGGAAGUCCAAGAGGUUUUCUGCCUUUGGGGGAGACUCGCCGUUUGGGAGGACCGAGGCCUACAUGAAGUUGGACCAGCUUGGCGAGGGGUCCUACGCCACUGUUUACAAAGGAUACAGCAACCUGACUAACCAGGUGGUGGCGUUGAAGGAGAUACGGCUACAGGAGGAGGAGGGGGCGCCGUUCACCGCCAUCCGGGAGGCGUCUCUCCUGAAGCAGCUGAAACACGCGAACAUCGUCACCCUCCACGACAUCAUUCAUACCAGGGAGACGCUCACCUUCGUCUUCGAGUACGUGCACACGGACUUGUCACAGUACCUCGAAAAGCACGGCGGCGGCCUGCAUCCUCGCAACGUCAAAUUAUUGCUCUUCCAACUCCUGCGGGGGCUGUCCUACUGCCACCGCCGCCGCAUCCUCCACAGGGACAUCAAGCCACAGAAUCUCCUCAUCUCGGAGAUCGGCGAGCUCAAAAUAGCGGACUUCGGUCUGGCGCGGGCCAAGUCUGUCCCCUCUCACACCUACUCCCACGAGGUUGUCACGCUCUGGUACCGGCCUCCCGACGUGCUCCUCGGCUCCACGGACUACUCCACCUCCCUCGACAUGUGGGGCGUCGGUUGCAUAUUCACCGAGAUGAUCACUGGGGUGCCCGCCUUCCCCGGGGUCAGAGAUAUUCAGGACCAGCUAGAUAAGAUAUUUAAGGUUGUUGGCACCCCGACGGAGGAGACGUGGCAGGGCGUGACGCAGCUGCCCAACUACAAGUCCCACAAGCUGGUGCUGCACCGGCACCGCAGACUGGCCUCCGUGUUCCCCAGACUCAACGACAUUCCCCACGCUGAGUCCCUCGCCACGCAGUUCCUACAGAUACAACCCAACAAGAGAAUCUCCUCCGAGACAGCUCUCAGACACACCUAUUUUGAUGAUCUUCCACAACAAAUAUAUGAGUUAGACGCAGAUCAGUCAAUAUUCUCGGUUGGCGGUGUGAGGUUAGCACAGGAGCUGAGGAACUACCCGACCUCCGUCAUACAAGCGGCCAGAGAGAUCAGAAAGUUGGUCUAGUUGCUGAUUAGUCCUUUACCAAAAUUAAGUUAUAGGAACAGCAUCCUCUACACCUUUACCUGCUCUACCAUAAUCUAAAGACCUAUUUUUGCAAGUUUAAAAAGUUGUGACUGCACCUCAUAUCUUAUCAGCCUGUACAGACCUUGAUUUAGGGGAGAACUCAAAGGAAUGAAAUAUAACUUUUUAAUGCAUAUGAAAAGAAUGACACCAGAGAGGAGAGUAUUUUUAAUAGUUAUAUUAUCUUACGGCGUGUCACUAAAGUCAAACAAUAUACUGUACGGGACUUAAAAUAUUUUCAUAGAUGUUUACGAGGGCGACGUGUUCAGUUCAUUUGGCCAAGGUGAAGGUGUAACUGUAUGGCUGUUCUGUUUUAUAAGGUAUUUGAGAUAAUAGCUUGAUUUAUAGGUUUGUAGUCAGAUAUAUGUAUUUAGAGACAUUCAAAGAAAUACAGCACACAUGCUCGAAUUCUCUCAUGGAGUCUAUAAAUAAUUUUUGAGUAGUGGCAGGAAACAGAUUUUUGUACUAGAGGAGACAACUGACACUGUAAUGAAUCUUAGAUGGUUACUGAACUUAAGGUAAUGAAGAGAAUAAUUUAUUGACUAUUUCAUCAGUUAUUGUGAUAUACAUUACUUUGGACAGUGUCUGAGGCCAUACUUAUUGCAAUCUAGAGUAUGUUUCAGCAAGUCAUAUGCCCUAUCCUAAUUAGUACUGCAUGGUUCAAGAAAAAGAUGACCACGGAAAACUAAACAGUGGUAUCGAAAUGAACUUAUGGAUAAACCUUCAUCAUUUUUUAAUAAGUUCAUUUUUUAUAUCUCAGUUUAGUUUCCCAUGUCCAACCUCAUAAGAGAAAAUAAGGACGUUAAAUGAAAAGAAGAUCUCAGUUUAGCUUCCCAGCGAAGUUUUUUCCCCUAACACAAGUACUAAUUGGAAUAAUGCGCACAGACAGGCAAACAUACAUAGUCCACAUAAAUAAACUAAGAGAGCACAAGGUUAUUCAGUGCCUCCAAAAAAAGUACACUCAGAAUACUGCAGCAUGGCCCACAGUCCCAGUAAAGAAAGUGUGCCCAUUCAUUCCCAUUCCAGUUUGGUGCUAUAUAUCCCUAUCAGAAAUCCCCCUUAAAAUAAAACCCUUAAGAAAUGUAUUAGGCAUAUGUCCACCAGUUUAUAGCCACCCUCCUAACCAGUACUCACCAUAUCAGGGAAAUAAUAACUUAAAAUAUAUUGAGCUCAGCUAUAAACGGGAAACGGUGUCAAAAUAGAUUAGUAAUUACCAAGCUUAGUUUUGACAAUUUUGUUCCUAUACAUGAGCUCAUCAUUUUUUUUUUCUUAGUAAGUUUAUUUUUCCUUGGUAUGAGUGUGAAUUGGGAGGGUGUGGGAUAAAUUGGCAAGCAUGUCCUAUUCCUCAUGGUUAACCUUUUCCCACAACCAAACCCUAGUAACUGGAAUCACACAGGGAGGAUGAUCUGAUUUUUUUUUUUUUUUUUUUUUUUUUUUUUUUAAUGUGAGUCAGUAGAUCUCAUUUCACAAGUAACUGAAAUGAGAUAAAUCUGUGUAGUACCAACCACAAUGACUAUCACUUAAAGAAGAGCAAAUAUACAGUAGUCUAUAAUACAUGAUGUACUGCUUUAGAGAUUUCAUAGAGAUUUCAAAGAGGCAGGCAAUGAAAGAGAAGCCUAAGUAAUUAGUGUAGCCACAUAACUGAAACCAAUAUGUGUUUUCUUCUUUAUAACAGCAAACUUUUUAGCAGUGGUAAGUAAAGAUUUUCAUAAGUUAAUUUUUUUCUCUGUGUCAUAUUUCCGUGUGAAUUACUAUGUUGUCUUAUUGAUUGAUGGGUUCUUUUAAUUCACUGUUGUUUAUUCCCCUUAUGUAAGCCCUCUAUCUCCAUCUCUAUGAUAAGUGUGUAAUGUGAUACAGAUUCUGACAUAAACUACUCAGGUGACUUUUUUUUCAUUAUUUUUUGUAUAAAUUUUCACUUGGGUUCUAUAACUAAACACACUCUUCUUAAGGUUGUUUAUUUAUGUUUAACUGAUAUCUCAACAUCAUGUACAUAUUUGUUCAUCCAACCUCUGGCUGUCGGUGAACCUUAGCCAGUAAGCUCAUGAGGUUCAGUAUAGUGGCCGAGUUGUCAUCUGUCACAGUGAUUCAAAUUAAAAUUCUAGCGAAGGUGUAUGUUAGAUGUAGAUGUAGAUAUGUAGUUUUAAUGAUUUUUUUUUUUAAUUAGAAGUAGAAUUGUAGGUGUAAAUACAGAAAUAGAAUUAGAUUCAGAGUUUUAAAUGGCUGUCAUUUGUAGAUUUCAAUUUAAAGAACAAGUAUGAUAAAGUCUAUGUAGAUAAGCCGUGUUGAAAUGUGUGGAAACUUCACAACUCUAAACCUUUUGGUAGUGUGUGGAGCUUUAAAGAGCAUUACUGUAUUGUAUAGAUUAUGUUUUUUUAUAUGAAAAGUUGCAAGAUAUCUCACAAAAUUUUAAUAAUGCUCAAAAGGCUAUUAUUGCUGUUACUGUUUUGGCCAUAUUCUUAUCUAUGUUUGAUCCAUGACGCUGUCACACACAUGCAUCUGUGUAGUGCAGAACUAUGCAACAGCAAUGACUUCCAAUUGUUUCCUUUUUGUACAUUCAAUUCAGACAUGAUUUAAGUCUAUGGCCUGUAUGGAGCUUUUGUCAAUUUCUUACAUUAAUCAAGUGACAUCAACAUCAACAUUAACUCAGAAUGGCAGUGUUUCUUUAUUCAGGAACAUGUAUGUGUUCAGGAAACAUGACAAAAUUACUCAGCACAUCAAUAUUUCAUGCCGUCUGUGAUGUGGUUUUGUAUCACUGAAAUAAGUCCCAGCCUUCAUUCAACACACCAAAGCAUAUUUUAUACAUGACAUUCACAUAUUUAAUUUUUUUUUCAUAAUCUCGAUCAGUAAAACUGAUAAAUCAGCAUUUCUAUUAUAAAUAGUAGUGGCCUGUACUGAUCCACUUUUUGCUGACUUACUAUGCAGUAUUCUUAAUGCUGUGAUUUCAAAAACUUCUCUGAACACAUAAGCACUUGUUCCUGAGCCAAAUGUUUACAGCUUAAUUUUGAUACCAAUGCAAGUGUGUUCCUUAAUAUGCACAGUAGCUCCACUUUCUUUGCACAUUUUUGUGUACAAUACACUAAUUGCUAUCGAAACUGUGAUAAUGUAUUCAACACAACGUAUACUGGGAUAAAGUUAUUGAUGCACAUGGCAUAAUACUAUAUUGUUCAUAGCCCUGUAAAUCUGUUCAAAGAUAUUAGAUAUUUAAACUUUUUUACUGACAUUCACAUUGGAAGUGGUCAAGAAGGGUCCCUGAGUCAGCCAGUACUUCCUCCUGUGACAGGUUUGGGUGUGAAACACAAUGGGCUCCUGUGCCUGGGCCAACAAGACAGUGUUCCCAAAAGAGGAGUGAUUAGUGCAGAGUGCAGACAGGAGGGGCAUGUUGAGCCUGGAAAACACUCCCACUUUAGGGUUUGUUCAUUGAUUCAUGUGUGCCAUUCCAGUUAGCACCCAUAUCAGGAGAAUAGCUGCCAAGGUGUAAAAAUGGCAGUCAAAUUGAAGUUUAGCAUUCAAUCUCAAUUUUGACAACAAUAUUUCAUUCUUGUACUUCGGCACAGUUUUUCAGAGUAGCUCUUCUGUUAUACCUGAUGGAAGUACUAAUUGAAGUGAUGUGCACGAAUUGGCGAGCACACCCUAAUUCUAACUGUGGUGUGUUAGUGCAUGAGGAAGAGUAAUGAGAGAGUGCAAAGAGGUAGUGGAGAGAAUGAAUAAGGAAUAGGGGAAGAAAAAAUGUGAGAAAAGCAGUUGGAGAGAAUAAAUUGAGAAUAAAUUGAGAUGGCUAAAGUAAUUAAAGCCCAGAUGUGUGUGUGUGUGUGUGUGUGUGUGUGUGUGUGUGUGGGUACGUGCGUGCAUGUGUGUUUCAUCGUUGGCCUGGGCAUGAGGAUACUGGACACCUACACUCAGCCACAUCACCAGGUCGUGUUCCCCAUUGGUCCAUACAUAUUCUCAAAGCGUGUAGUGUCAUAGCCCGAACUUUUGUAUGCAUGAGGUAUUUAUUUCUCCCUAAGUGUUUAUAGGCAUCUGAUGUGUAUAGUUUUCAGUUAUAUAUUUGUUAUGAUUAAUUAAUAACAUGCAUAUUACUACUACUACUAUCAUAAUAUCUUGUGUUGUACAAUCAGUCAAACUAGCACUUGGACCAGAGAGAGCAGGUACUGUAGGGUGUUGUUUGCCAGGCACUGUAUGUACUCGUGGUAGUGAAACCCAUUACGUAGGCUAAAGUGUAUUCACCGGAGGAAUAACUUUGAGCCGCCAAGAACAUAACAUCCAUCGAAAAGUCAACCCUGAAAUAAAUGUGAGAAAAUCUACCUUCACAUGAUUAUAUACAUGCAGUGGUACACAUCAUUCAAUGAGUACUUGUAUUAGGAAAAAAUGAUUCUCUGGAUGACUUACCUGAGGUGUAGAAAUUAGAUGUUGCUAAAAUGAAUACUGGUUAUUUAACAUUAUUUUGACUAUUUGAUUUUUAUACUGCAAUCAAGUUCCCAAAGUACUUUUUAUCUAAGCAUAAGUACUGAUUGGAGUGGUGAGUGCAAUUUGGCAACCAUAGCCUUCCACCAUAACACUACAGAGCAUCAGAUGGACAUUAUAAAACCCAGUAAUGGGAUGUUUACUGUAUGACUCGCUAGGAUGUGCAUGCCAAUAUGAACGCACUGUUCCAGUUAGUACUCGUUUUUGGAAGAAAAUACUUCUAUGGAAAACUUAACCAAAGGAGGAAAAAUGAAUUUGUCAUAUUGAAGGUUGCUUAUCUGACUUUAUAUUGCCUAUAGAAUAUUUUUUGUACUUGAGCUCAUUUUUUCAAAGUACUACCAUUCAUAUAUUUGUGUUGAAAUCAGUUUCAUGUGAGAGCUGCCUCCUCUUGAGUAGUAAAUUAACUUGAGCCUUCAGGAGAGUGGCAUCCAUGGAAACUUAGCCCUGAAAAAAAUAAAGUUUCAACAAUUUGACCUUACACAAAUAUGUUGGCUACUUUAGUUUUUUUUAUUUUUUUUUUUUUUUUUUUUUUUUUUUUUUUUUUUUUUUUUUUUUUUU